CCUCGCCGGGAAAACGGGCGAGCGGGGCACGGAGCCGCGGCUCUCUGUCCGGCGGGGCAUCCACGCGGCUGUCCGCUGUGAGGGAGCCCUCCCGCCACCGGCGCCCCGUCCCUGGACACCCCAGAGAGCGACGGGAAUUGUAGUCCCGGCUCCGGCGCAGCCCGGCCCCCGCGUGCCCACGCAGACUACCACUCCCGGCAUGCCUCGCGGCCCGCCGCCCAAUCGCGACUCGCUUUGUUGCGGGGGUGCGGCACGCGCGGAGGCCCCGUUCAAGAUGGCGGACGACAGUGAGACAGCAGUGAGGCGGCCACCGGCGAGGCCUCCGCGGCCGGCGGCGGAGGAGAACGACCACGAGCAUUGCAGCGACUGCGAGAACGAGGCGGAGCAUGGCUCCAACCGGGGGGGCCUGAGUCCAGCAAAUGACAGCGGAGCCAAAAAGAAGAAAAAGAAACCCAAACGGAAGAAAGAGAAAGGAGGAGGAGGAGACCAGCCUGACCAGGCUCAGGACCAGCCAGUGAAGGUGAACUCUUUACCUGCUGAAAGGAUCCAGGAGAUUCAAAAAGCCAUCGAGCUCUUCUCUGUAGGUCAGGGCCCUGCCAAAACCAUGGAGGAAGCCAGCAAGAGGAGCUACCAGUUCUGGGACACACAGCCAGUGCCCAAGCUAGGAGAAGUGGUGAACACCCACGGUCCGGUGGAGCCGGACAAGGACAAUAUCCGCCAGGAGCCGUACACCCUGCCCCAGGGCUUCACCUGGGAUGCCCUGGACCUGGGGGAUAGAGGUGUGCUGAAGGAGCUCUACACUCUGCUCAACGAGAAUUACGUGGAGGACGAUGACAACAUGUUCCGCUUCGAUUACUCGCCCGAGUUCCUGCUGUGGGCACUGCGUCCUCCAGGCUGGCUGCCCCAGUGGCACUGUGGGGUCCGAGUGGUCUCCAGCAAGAAGCUGGUGGGAUUUAUCAGCGCAAUUCCAGCCACCAUCCACAUCUAUGAUACAGAGAAGAGGAUGGUGGAGAUAAACUUCCUGUGUGUCCACAAAAAGCUGCGUUCCAAACGGGUGGCUCCGGUUCUGAUCCGUGAGAUCACGCGGAGGGUGCAUCUCGAGGGGAUCUUCCAGGCUGUUUACACUGCGGGAGUGGUGCUGCCAAAGCCUGUGGGGACUUGCAGGUAUUGGCACCGCUCCCUGAAUCCUCGGAAACUCAUCGAGGUCAAAUUUUCCCACCUGAGCAGGAACAUGACUAUGCAACGUACCACGAAGCUUUACCGGCUGCCCGAGACUCCCAAGACUCCCGGCUUGCGGCCCAUGGAGCACAAGGACAUCUCUGCUGUGCACAAGCUCUUGACUGAGUACCUGAAGCAGUUCCACCUGACACCCGUGAUGAGCCGAGAGGAGGUGGAGCACUGGUUCGUACCUCAGGAGAACAUCAUCGACACCUUCGUGGUAGAGAGUGCCCCAGGAGAGGUGACAGACUUCCUGAGCUUUUACACACUGCCCUCCACCAUCAUGAACCACCCGACUCACAAGAGCCUGAAAGCUGCUUAUUCCUUCUACAACGUUCACACCAAGACGCCUCUCAUCGACCUCAUGAGUGACGCGCUCAUCCUCGCCAAGUCGAAAGGAUUUGACGUCUUCAAUGCACUGGAUCUCAUGGAAAACAAAACCUUCCUGGAGAAGCUGAAGUUUGGGAUCGGGGAUGGGAACCUGCAGUAUUACCUGUACAAUUGGAAGUGUCCCAGCAUGGCACCAGAGAAGGUUGGAUUGGUGCUGCAGUAAGGGAACCCUUGCCAGGAGAGCGUGGAGGAGCUGGGCCUGCAGAGGUGCUGCCCUCAUCCUUUCUGCCAAAGCCAGACCCACGCUGGGAGAGGGGGACCGGAGCCACCGCCCCUGCUGCUGUCAGCCAUCUCCUUGUUUGAUUUAACUGCAUCCUCCUAAAGACAUGAUCAAGGGAAUGUAACUGCUGAAACUAGAUCAUGAUUGGCAUAUAAUGGAUUUAACGGGUGAAUAAUAAAAGUAUAUAUUAUAUAUAUUUUAAA